GCAAAGCCCGGGCUGGAUUCCUGGCACCGCCGGGAGCCGCGCCUCUUCAAGGUGUUCGUGGAGGAGGGAGCCCGUCGUCCGGGGAGUCCGAUCGGCAGAGGACCGGGGUCGGUGGUGCCCAGAAGCGGCGGACGGGGCUGGAAAUAGCAACGGAACGAAUGCAGAGUCCCGUGGUGGGGGCACCUUUAAGGCCAACAAAGUCUAAUUCCAGGUGGCUUUUGAAAGAUGUGCUGUGAAACAAACAGGCGGUUCCUGCUCCUUUAUGCGUCCCAGAAGGGCCAGGCCAAAGCUAUAGCUGAAGAGAUUUGCCAGCAAGCCACGGAACGUGGAUUCAGAGCCGAUAUUCACUGCAUCAGUGAGUCAGACAAGUAUAACUUGAAUAGAGAAAAGGACCCCGUGGUUAUUGUCACUUCCACGACUGGUGAUGGAGAACCCCCAGACACAGCACUCAAGUUUGUUAAAGAAAUUAACGACAGAACGCUGCCCCAGAGUCACUUUUCCCAUUUACGAUAUGGAUUGCUUGGUCUGGGAGACUCAGAAUACACCUUCUUCUGCAACGGGGGGAAGCUACUGGACAAACGGUUUCGGGAACUUGGAGCGCAGCGUUUUUACGAGACUGGGCUAGCCGACGACGCUGUAGGUUUGGAGCUGGUGGUCGAGCCAUGGAUUGCUGGACUUUGGGCUGCCCUCAGCCAAGAAUUUGCAUCGAGGAAAGAAGAGCCAGCUUACCGUGACAAGACUGCUUCUCUUACGGCAAGCAUAGGCUGCAAAAUAGAGCACUUAACACUAGACGAUUUGGCAGUGCAAAAUGGCGUUUUUUCUGAAAAUGAAGGAAAGGCUACCCCAGGGCCUCCCAUUCAAGACUCUCAGCCUUCCCUUUCCCGUUCGGUGCCUCCGCUUUCCCAGUCUGCUCUUAAUGUCCCUGCUUUGCCAGUGGAAUACCUAGAGAUGGAACUUCAAGAAAACAUCGGCCAGGAAAGUUCUCCAAUGGAGGACUCCCUGCCUCUGAUUUCAGAGGGGCCCCUUGUCCAAGUUCCUGUGUCCAGAGCCGUUCAGCUGACAAGGGACGAUGCCGCGAAAACUAUUUUGUUGUUAGAACUUGAUAUUUCUGAGACGACUUUCAGCUACCAGCCUGGCGAUGCUUUUAAUGUCAUUUGCCCCAACUAUGCCAGCGAGGUGGAUGAGCUGCUUCACUUGUUGGGACUGUCAGAAAAGAAAGAACAUCUUGUUUGCUUGAAGGUUAAGCCCGGCACUAAAAAGAAAGGAGCAGACGUGCCAGGGUAUAUACCUGAAAAAAGUUCUGUGAAUUUCAUUCUCACUUGGUGUCUGGAAAUAAGAGCCGUUCCCAAAAAGGCGUUUUUACGCUCCCUAGUAGAGUACACAGCUGAUACUGGGGCAAAGAGGAGGCUUCAGGAGCUGUGCAGCAAGCAAGGGGCUUCCGAUUACAACGCUUUUGUCCGAGACGCCGGUGUCUGCCUGCUGGAUCUGCUCCGCGCUUUCCCAGCCUGCAAGCCCCCGCUGAGCCUGCUGAUUGAGCACCUUCCCAAAUUGCAAGCCAGACCCUACUCUGCUGCAAGCUCCAGUUUAUUUCAGCCUGGAAAGAUGAGUUUCGUCUUUAAUGUUCUGGAGUUUCCAUCCCAUCUAGGUGAACAGCGAAGAGGCGUCUGUACCGGCUGGUUGGCUGAGCAGGUUGUCCCGUUGCUUCAGUCGAAUACGGAGAACCAGACGCCCUUCAGGCCAAAGAUCACCAUAUCCUCUCGGCGGGUCAACACUUUCCACUUGCCGGAUGAUCCCUCGGUUCCUUUGUUAAUGGUGGGUCCAGGAACUGGGAUUGCUCCAUUCGUGGGCUUCCUACAACAUCGAGAGAAGCUCCGAGAAGACCGGAAAGGAAGCGCUUUUGGAGAGACGUGGCUGUUUUUUGGCUGCCGGUCGGAGGCCAAAGAUUACUUGUUCCAGGAGGAGCUCCAGCGCUUUGUCGAGAACGGCACUUUGACUCACCUGAAGGUUUGUUUCUCAAGAGACCCCCCACCUCCAGCCCAUCCAGCUGCUCCAAAAUAUGUGCAAGAUCACCUCCGGCUCUGUUCGAAAGAUGUUAUCAGGAUUCUGCUGGAGGAGAGAGGGUGUUUGUACGUGUGCGGGGAUGCAAAAAACAUGGCUAAAGAUGUGAACGAUACUUUAGUGAAUAUCUUAAUCACUGAGAGAGGAGGUGAUAAACUGGGAGCCCUGAAAACACUGGCUACAUUAAGAGAUGAGAAGAGAUACCUGCAGGAUAUCUGGGCCUAAGAACAAGAACCACCUUUGUGCUCACACUUAGUUGGGCAUUGUUGAUCUCUGGAGAGGCCUUUUCCGACCUUCGGCCACAGCUCUGUCAACUUCACCUGCAUCCUUUAAACCAUAACCUUUUAAUUUGUACUCCGACACUUAAAUUUCUCUCAUCUGUUACUCGACUCCUGUCUUAUCCCAGUGGAAAAUUCUGCUUCCUGCACAGUCCUUUCAGAGGAGAGUUUGCACAAAUGGUGUCUCUCUCGAUAAAGAAAUCGUUUAUGGACAGCAGGUAUUCCCACCUGAUUUUUUUUUUCAUGGUAAAGAUUUAAAAUGUAUUAUUGGGGCCUUUUCACGUAUAGUCAGGACUAUUUUGGGGCAGGAACGCACAGGAACGGAGUUCCGGCUGGCUCCCAAGUUGAC